CGACAUUGCAUCACCCUCUGUCUCUCUCACUCUCCUAUCCACUUCCUUCUUCCCUCUCGCUUCUCUCUUGUUUCUCCUCCCUCACAUCCCCCACCCCCGCCGACCAGCCCUCGACUCUCUUGCUCUUCUUUUCUUCCCGCGGUCGUUAUCUUUCAUCUUCUCCUGUAUUAUUUAAUUUCAGACGAUUAGCCCCCUGAACCGCGCCCAGCCCCGACGCCUACCUCUGAUCUUUCUGACCCGAGAUUCCUCGAAAGCUUCCGAUUACCCACACACAAACACACAAACACACAAACCUUCGCCAUGGCUGACGUGACCUACCCCGACACAAAUGGCCACAGUAAGGUACGAGAAACAAGAAGACGCCCCAUCGCCGAUAACAUCAAAUCCGAGGCCUCCCGCACCGGUCAAGAAUUCCGCGAGUUGAAGAAUGCCAGAUUUACCCCCUCGUCCACCACUGCGACCGGUCAACCAUUGACUUACUACCACUCUUUGCUGUACAGCCUUUUGAGCUGGGAGCAACCACGAGCCACCGCCGCCUCCUUCGCGAGCGUUAUCACAUUCAUCUUUGCCGCCCGUUACCUUCCUCUCCUCCGUUGGUUCUUCAAGUUCAUCUAUGUGGUUCUCGGAUUCACUGCUGUCGCGGAGGUAGGUGGCCGGCUUGUCCUAUCCCAGAGCGUCGUGAGCUCUUUCCGGCCCCGCAAAUACUAUACCGUGCCCAAGGAAACCAUCGAGGCUGUUCUGGAGGAUCUUGAGCAGCUCAUCGACUUCAUCCUCAUCGAGUUCCAGCGCGUUCUGUUCGCCGAGAACAUCGUCCACACCAUCGCUUCCUUCUUCGCCGCCUUUGCCGCCUACUGGCUCAUCAAGUUCCUUCCGUUCUGGGGACUGUCUCUGAUUGCUGUCACUAUCGCCUAUAUGGGACCUCUGGUCUACAUUAACAACCGCGAAGUCAUUGAUGCCCACAUUGAGCAUGCGCAGGGUGUUGUGAACGCUCAGGCCCACCAGCUGAAGGGUCUUGCCGAGGAGCGCACUGCCCAUGCCACGGGUGUUGUGAGGCAGUACGUCGACGACUACAGCGCCAAGGCCCAGGGAUAUAUGCGUCGUUCCGCCUCCCCCGAGAUGGCCAAGGUGUCCAGCCCCGUCAUCAAGAAGGAGCCUGAGACCGAGCCCGAGAUCAAGACCACGGACUUCCCGGAAGCCCCUAAGGACGAGCCCAAGGAGGUUCCCGUGCUGGACACGCCGAAGGCAGAGCCUGUGGAGUCGAUCGAACAGGCUGUUCAGAAUGUGGAGACGGAGCCUCUUCUGGCUGCUUAAAGAGUCCAUGUCUCGGCCUGAUGCUGCUGAUGCAGUGACAGGCAGCUGGUUGUGGAGCUGGUGUGAGCGCCGCGGGUUCUGCUUGAUAGCUACGGCAUAUAGGAUGGAUUAGGUUUGUGUAUGAUGACAAUCGGUAUGAUUCGUUUGGAGAGCUUGCGGGAGUUUUCUCUUCUGUCCUUUCCGGCUGAAUGUGAAUUAGUAGUUUUUCUGCACUCUUCAAAUUGCACUCUCCGUAUGACUUGAUCUGAUGGUGUAGAAAUUGGCGGGUGUUCCAGGGAGCCCAAGCAGGUCUUGAUGAUAGGAUUGUAGUUGUGUAUUCUUGCGAUGGCUGAUUACAUUGCUUCGCCUGUGUUUACAAGAAACC